UAAUGCAAUAUGAAAUAUAUAAAACGGAGAGAUCGUGACUAGUAGUGCAUAUGCUUUCUCGUGCAGGCUAAGCAACCAAUAUUCAGAGGAAGAGAAAGAACAAAAAAUGGCAGCAGAAAAUGAGGUGAUCGGUGUUCAUUCCGAUGAAUCAUGGAAGGAACAGAUCCAGAAAGGAACCGAAUCCAAAAAACUGAUUGUGGUGGAUUUUACUGCUUCGUGGUGCGGUCCAUGCCGUUUUAUUGCUCCAAUUCUAGCAGAGAUUGCUAAGAAGACACCUCAAGUCAUCUUCCUCAAGGUGGACAUUGACGAAUUAAAGAGUGUUGCCGAGGAAUGGUCUAUCGAGGCUAUGCCAACCUUCUUGCUCUUGAAAGAAGGCAAGGAAGUGGAUAAGGUAGUUGGUGCUAAGAAGGAAGAGCUGCAGCUGGCAAUAACCAAGCAUGCAACAACUGUUGCUACUGCUUGAAGUAUCAUAUCAAGAUCAUCAAUAACAUAGUGAACUUUUUCGUGUCGGUUUGUGUGUUUUCGUUAUGCUUGAAAAUAAAUUUAGGCACAUUAUUGGCCUACUUCAAAUGACUAUUAUUGACUAAAAGAUAUUUGUAUGAAAAUGCGAUAAUUGGUUGA